AUAAAUACAAGGGUUGUGCUAGUAUCUGACACUUCAGCAGACAAUAGAAGCAGAAGUCUCAAGAAACAUCUCAAGAAACAUCUCAAGAAAUGGCAAGUUUCGCAUGUCAAGUUCUACUCGCCUUGUGUGCUAUUGUGCUGGCUUCGGCUGAUGAAGAUUACAAACACCAUCACCCACCUCGCCCUACCCCACCUCCCACCACCACCACCACCACCACGACCACCACCACCCCACCUCCCACGACCACCACCCCUCGCACCACCCCCAGACCUGGAUGUCUCCGUGCGAGUGACUGCCCCUACGGGAGCUGCUGUCUGCUGAACAAGACGACCAAUCGCGGGGUCUGUAAGCCUCUACAGGCGUCCAGACAAACAUGUUACUGGAGUCAGGUCCACCCACGUCCCAACCCUCUCGCCAUGGUGACCAAGUAUGACCUUUGCCCAUGCGGACAUGAAAUGGCCUGCACCAAACUUGUUGGCAAGAGCCACCCAGUCUUUGGACCCAUCGGUAUAUGCACAUGGGACUAAAUAGAGUAUGCUGAUGUCAUGUUAAACUAUCAAUUUUUUCACCUGAAAAACUAAAGUUUUAUGUGUCAUAAAAUCAGUUUCUUGAAUUAAAAACAGAAUAUACGUUUU